GCCUAUUCUUUUCCAUUUACGCGAACCAAUCAGGUGACAAUUUUCAACCCACUCUAGAAUUCAAACCGUGACCAACAACUGCACAGGAAGCUGCUCCUGAAACCUCAACACACAGGAACCAGGGCCAGGAGAGAAAAUUCUUCCAUUGUUCCUGUAGUUCACUUUUCUGACUUCAACCUUUUGUAAGAAAAGUUGCACUUAACUUCCUCCUGAGCUUUCCAAACAUCCAUGACCAGAAUACAUUGAACUAGCCCAAUUAACUGGUGUGCCUUAGCUGGAGGUAUGUGCCUCUUAAGGCAAAGAGGGUGAUCUAUCAUAAAAAGGCUCUCUCUCUCUCUCUCGUCAUCUUCAUCUUCACCACAUGAACCCAUGUGGGGACGAGAUCUGGGUUUCAGAGCUCCGAGAAUUCGGAUUCAUGGCGUUCAGAGGACACCAACCCCAAAUUCCCCUAUGCCAGAAACAAGGUCGCCGCUGCCGCUGCUGUUUCGCAGGAGGUCCAGCGGGCAGAUCAUCAGGAACAUCGCCACAGUUUCGAGCAGCCUUCUGCCAGCUUUUGGAACUGUGAUUGAUGAAGGAUACUUGAAGCUCAAGAAACAUGUCAUCGCACCUUACGACCACAGAUACAGGAUGUGGCAAACUUUCCUGGUGGUGCUGGUGGUGUACUCAGCAUGGGCAUCGAUCUUCGAGCUGGCUUUCAAGAAAGCAGCAACUGGGACGCUCUCCCAUUUCGAUCUGGUCGUGGAUGCCUUCUUUGCCAUCGACAUCGUUCUUACUUUCUUCGUGGCUUAUCUCGAUACGACCACGUAUCUUCUCGUCGAUGAUCACAAGAAGAUUGCUACUAGGUAUCUUACGAAACCAUGGUUCAUAAUGGACGUUGCCUCGACCCUACCAUUUCAGACCAUAUACAGAAUCUUCAGUCGCAGAACAAGCCAUGCAGACGUCUUUGGUUUCCUCAAUCUGCUCCGACUCUGGAGACUUCGCCGAGUCAGCCAGCUCUUCACAAGGCUGGAGAAAGACACGCGAUUCAGCUACUUCUGGACUAGGUACUUCAAGCUAGUAGGGGUUACACUAUUAGCUGUGCACUCAGCAGCAUGCGUCUACUACUGGCUGGCUUACCAUCAUCCACUAGAGGAUGACACAUGGAUUGGUUCUGAGGUCCACGGUUUCAAACACAGAAGUAUUUGGCUGGGCUACACUUAUUCCAUGUACUGGUCGAUAGUCACCCUCACCACGGUUGGUUAUGGAGACCUGCAUGCAGUAAACACAGGAGAGAAGGUUUUCAAUAUGUUUUAUAUGCUGUUCAACAUUGGUCUUACAGCUUAUAUAAUCGGAAACAUGACCAAUCUUGUUGUCCACAGUGCCGUUCGAACUUUUGCAAUGAGAGAUUCAAUCAAUGAAAUAUUGAGGUAUGCAAACAAGAACAGGCUUCCUGAAAGCUUGAAAGAGCAAAUGCUGGCACACAUGCAACUCAGGUUCAAAACAGCAGAGCUAAAGCAAGAGGAAGUUCUGGAAGAUCUUCCGAAGGCAAUAAGAUCUAGCAUAUCUCAGCAUCUAUUUCGUAAUACAGUGGAGAAUACUUACCUGUUCAAAGGAGUGUCAGAAGACCUUGUUACCCAGCUGGUGUCAGAGAUGAAAGCUGAGUACUUCCCACCGAAGGUUGAGAUUAUAUUGCAAAAUGAAAUCCCUACAGAUUUCUAUGUCCUGAUUUCUGGAGCAGUGGAUGUGAUGAGCUACAAGAAUGGUACAGAACAGUUCUUGUCAAAACUAGGAGCUGGAGAUUUGGCAGGAGAAAUUGGGGUACUGUUCAACAUUCCACAACCCUUUGUGGUGAGGACUAAGAGGCUUUCUCAAGUUGUGCGCCUGAGUCAUCAGCACUUUAAGCAAAUAGUGCAGCCACAUACCGAGGAUGGCAAGAAGAUCAUCUCCAACUUCACACAGUACCUGAAGGAACUGAAAAAGGACAUGCUGGACGAACUACCUUUCCUGACAGAAUCCUUAGAAGAAAUGGAUAUACAGGAAAGAAACCCAAAUGAUGAUCAACGAGAUGUUCAAGCAGAGAAUACCGUAGAAGAUGAAAGUACAGAAGGAACACGGGAAAGUCCUGCUUCAUUAUCGACCAAGUCUAUACGGGUAAUAAUCCACGGGCAUCAUCCAAAGGAACUUCCAACAGAGAAAUAUACCUUUGGGAAGCUGGUCUAUCUGCCAGAAACAGUUGAGGAACUUCUAGGAUUGGCAGAAAAGAAGUUUGGAAAGAGAGGAAACAAAAUCGUCGUGGAGGAUGGCACACAGGUUGAAGAUCUGGACGCCCUAAGAGAGGAUGAUCACUUGUUUAUCUUUUAGAUUGUGGACUGGCAUUCGAUACAACUCGUGGGCCUCAUCUCCCAGACACAAACUUUCAAAAGGGCUGUGAGCAUAAUAUUGCCGUCGUGUGUAAUUCCCAUAUUGUUCUCCAAUUCCAGUGAUUGUGCUCAUGUGAGUUCAACAAUGCAAUAGCCACAGGCAAAUUUGAAUGUAUAGUAAAGCUGUAACUCUUUGAAGAUUUAAUGUUUCUUAAGAACAUGUAGCCUUACUUGUCGUCAUCAAUGUCACCGAUUGAGCAUCUCCAGAACAGAAUAAGCAGCUUUCUGGAACUUCUCUUUCUCUUCGUCCAAAGCUUUCUUCCUCUCCAUAGCCGCUUCUUUGCAUUUCCCAAUCUCCUCCGUCACUCCAGCAGAGUUCUGGUCCAUUUCGCUGCAAACACAGGCAUGCUACAGCGUCAGAGAGGAAACUGGAAUCCAAUUCCAACCUAGGGCUUUCUUAUCCGUCCACCUUGCCAUCUUAAGCAUAUCCGCCAUCACUUUCUGGACCUGCUGGGAAACGAACCAUAGAUGAUAGAUGUGAGCUCCAAUUCAGUUUCCGAAGACGGAGCGAGAACCAUCGCGGAGGCGGAUCCUGUAGGCGAAGCAGACAUUGUUGAUCGGAGUUGCUUGAGAGUCGUGAGUGGAAUCGGAACCUCUUGGAAACCGUUCGAAACUUUGAAAUUUCGAUGAACGCGAGCUGGCGGGAGCGCAAGUUUUCG